AUGCAAAGGGUUGUCGAUUUCGCUCGCUCAGGUAUUGCUUUUGCAACCGUACAGCAUGCUUUUCGACGAGUUACACAUCCUAUGCAAUUAAAGCGAUUUAGAGAAUAUGUUGCAAAUAAUGGAAACUGUUGGCAAAAAUUGGAGCGUGUAGAGCAUUUUGUACUUGAUAGAUUUCGCUCUGCUUGUGAUAACAAUGUACCUGUGCACGAUCUUGAUGUGAAGCGAUGGGCUCUAUUCCAAGCAAAAAUAGAAAAUAUAGAUGGCUUUAAAGCAAGUGACUAUUGGCUUCUCAAUUUCAAAAAACGCAACGGUAUAUUUUCCAGAAAAGUGACAAAAUUCGUUUCUCAUCGAGAAGUUGUUGAUAAAUCUAUAAUUAAACAAACUGUUGAUGAUUUUGCCGCUGAAGCAACCAAAGAAUAUACCAAAAUAUUAGCUUGA